AUGUUGCGGUUGGUGACCUUUCUUUUUGCUGCAAGCAUAUUUGGAUAUGGAGUGACCGUGAAUGACUUCAACGACCUUGUUGACGAGGGCGUUGGCUGGCAUCUACCGUCUGUCAGAAGGAACGGACAUUCGCUUCAUCUGGAGGCGCACAUUCCCAUCCACAACUUCACGGUUUUAAGCAACGGAUUUUUCAACGUAGACUUAAAGGUGAACCUAACCGAUGGAGCAGUCAAAGGACUCAACGUUGUGACUCGCCGUCUUGGAAGCUGCGACCGAUCUGCCUGCCUCAUUGAUCUGAGCGGACUCGUGGUCACAUACAUCGCACAGACUCAAGGGGACGGUGGAGGGCGCAAGCACAUCUGGGUUAAAGUAAAGGUCACGAGUGCGCCCGCUUUGUUCAACAUGGUCGAUGUCAGAGCCCAGGAGGCUAGCCUAAACUCCUUGUUCAUCGGCCCCAUCUCAGUCAGCACGACUCACGACACCUACCUCGAUCUCAACCCUAGACGGCGGAAGGAGUUCGUGGAAGAGGUGGAACGUUACACCCGCUCGGAGCUCGUCAAGAUCCUUCGUGGGACCUACUUGGCGGCUCUUCAGCAGACCUUCGCUGACCAUUCAUUAAACUAUGACAGUUGGCUUUGA